AUGGCCGUGUACCGUGUGUGUGUGACCACCGGUUCCUACCUGAUGGCGGGCACCCUGGACAACAUCUCUGUCACAUUGGUGGGCACUUGCGGGGAGAGCCCCAAACAGCGGCUCGAUCGCUUGGGCAGGGACUUCGCCGCGGGAUCCGUGCAGAAGUACAAGGUGCGCUGCCCAGCCGAGCUGGGGGAGCUCCUGCUGCUGCGUCUACACAAGGAGCGCUAUGCUUUCUUCCCCAAGGACUCUUGGUAUUGCAGCUUUAUCUGUGUCACUGCCCCCAAUGGCACUUGCACCCAGUUCCCCUGCUAUCAGUGGAUUGAGGGCUACUGCACCCUAGAGCUGCGACCAGGAACAGCCAAAACUAUUUGUCAGGACUCUCUGCCCCUCCUUCUGGAUCACAGGCGACGGGAACUCCAGGGCCGACAGGAAUGCUACCGCUGGAAGGUCUAUGCCCCUGGCUUUCCUGGCAUCGUAGAUGUCAGCAACUUUGAGGAGAUGGAGACAGACGAGAAAUUUGCCCUGACCAAGACGGCACCACGUGCAGACCAAGAGGACAGGUCCUUGGGCAUGAAACUCCGAGGGCUGCUGGACCGUAAGGGCUCCUGGAAGAAGCUGGAUGACAUCCGGAAUAUCUUCUGGUGUCACAAGACUGUCACAUCAGAGUAUGUCACUGAGCACUGGUGUGAGGACCACUUCUUUGGGUACCAGUACCUGAAUGGCGUCAAUCCCGUCAUGCUCCACUGCCUCUCCAGCCUGCCCAGCAAGCUGCCUGUCACCAGUGACAUGGUGGCCCCCUUGCUGGGUCCGGACACCUGCCUGCAGACGGAACUGGAGAGGGGCAACGUCUUCUUAGCGGACUACUGGAUCCUGGAGGAGGCCCCCGUCCACUGCCUCAACGGCCGCCAGCAGUACGUAGCUGCCCCGCUCUGCCUGCUGUGGCUCAACCCGCAGGGGGCGCUGGUGCCCUUGGCCAUCCAGCUCAGCCAGAAACCCGGGCCCGACAGCCCUAUCUUUCUGCCCACUGACUCCUACUGGGACUGGCUGCUGGCCAAGACGUGGGUGCGCAACUCGGAGUUCCUGGUGCACGAGCACAACACGCACUUUCUGUGCACGCAUUUGCUGUGCGAGGCCUUCUCCAUGGCCACACUGCGUCAGCUGCCGCUCUGCCAUCCCAUCUACAAGCUCCUGCUCCCCCACACUCGCUACACGCUGCAGGUGAACACCAUCGCUCGGGCCACGCUGCUCAACCCCGACGGUCUUGUGGACCAGGUCACAUCCGGCGGGAGGCAAGGUCUCCUCUACCUCAUAAGCACAGGUCUGGCCCACUUCACCUACACCAAUUUCUGCCUUCCGGACAGUCUGCGGGCCCGCGGCGUCCUGACCAUCCCCAACUACCAUUACCGAGACGAUGGCCUGAAGAUCUGGGCGGCCAUUCAGAGCUUUGUCUCAGAAAUCGUGGGCUACUAUUAUCCUAGUGACGGAUCUGUGCAGCAGGACACGGAGCUGCAGGCCUGGGUCGGCGAGAUUUUUUCUCAGGCGUUCCUGGGCCGGGAAAGCUCAGGCUUCCCACGCAGGCUGUGCACUCCGGGAGAGCUGGUGAAGUUCCUCACUGCCAUCAUCUUCAACUGCUCCGCUCAGCACGCUGCGGUCAACAGCGGGCAGCAUGACUUUGGGGCCUGGAUGCCCAAUUCCCCGUCAUCCAUGAGGCAGCCCCCACCGCAGGCCAAGGGGACCACCACCCUGAAGAGUUACCUGGACACCCUCCCCGAAGUGAACGUCACCUGUAACAACCUUCUCCUCUUCUGGUUGGUCAGCCAGGAGCCCAAGGACCAGCGGCCCCUGGGCACCUACCCGGACCAGCACUUCACCGAGGAGGCCCCCCGGCGCAGCAUCGCCGCCUUCCAGAGCCGCCUGGCCCAGAUCUCGCGGGAGAUCCGGGAGCGGAACCAGGGCCUGGCGCUGCCCUAUGCCUACCUGGACCCCACCGUGGUCGAGAACAGCGUCUCCAUUUAACUUCCUCCCACUGCCCCCGGAGAAGAAAAGCUUGGGCAGGAGGACGUGAGGACGUGAGGACAGCGUCCGGGGUGAGAAGCUGCUGGCUAACGUCAAACGCACAAGAGGCCCUUCCAGAAGGGGACCUCCCAUCACCUCUGGUCUCCUUGGGGCAGCCUCUUACUUCCGUCUCCUGUGAAAACCUACCUCCUCCCGUCGGGAACCCCACAGGGACACUGAGCUUUCCUUUCCAGUCUCCCCCUCUCCCCCAAACCCCCUCUUACCUUGGCUUUUCGUUUCUACUCUCCUCCAGACCUAGGGCCAGCCAGUCUACCUUCCCUCUCUGGGAAAGCCUGGAAACCGGGCAAGAAAGGACGUGUGUCCUGGGUCUGCCCCGUGGUCCCCUUUGACGUCAGCAUCUUUAAGGGGAGGGUCAGAAUCAGACCCAGCUUGGGGCGCCUGAGUGGCUCAGUCAGUUAAGCU